AUGUUGACUUUGGAAUGGGAAUCGGAGGGUCUGCAAACAGUGGGCAUUGUUGUGAUAAUCUUUGCAUCCCUGAAGCUGCUGCACUUGCUUGGACUGAUAGACUUCUCCGAAGACAGCGUCGAAGAUGAAAUCGAAAUGGCCACUGUGCGACAUCGGCCAGAAGCCUUGGAACUGCUGGAAGCCCAGAGCAGAUUCACAAAGAAGGAACUUCAGAUUCUGUAUCGGGGGUUCAAAAAUGAGUGCCCCAGUGGGAUUGUUAAUGAAGAGACCUUCAAAGAGAUUUACUCUCAGUUCUUCCCACAGGGAGAUUCUACAACGUAUGCACAUUUUCUGUUCAAUGCAUUUGACACAGAUCACAAUGGAUGUGUGAGUUUUGAGGAUUUCGUGAUGGGCCUUUCCAUUUUGCUCCGUGGGACAGUGCAGGAAAAGCUCAACUGGGCUUUCAAUUUGUAUGAUAUAAACAAAGACGGCUGUAUAACGAAAGAGGAAAUGCUUGAUAUAAUGAAGGCCAUCUAUGAUAUGAUGGGGAAAUGCACAUACCCUGUUCUUCGGGAGGAUGCUCCAAAACAACAUGUGGAAUCGUUUUUCCAGAAAAUGGACAAGAACAAAGACGGUGUAGUUACCAUCGAUGAAUUCAUUGAAAGCUGCCAAAAAGAUGAAAACAUUAUGCGUUCCAUGCAACUCUUUGAAAAUAUAAUUUAACCUCAAGCAGCUCUCCCUUCAAUCAGUGGGCAACGUGAGCAAUUCUGCAGCAACCCGUCUCCCAAGGUUGCCGCGUAGGAAUCAAGAAUUGUCAGCUUUGCACUGAGAUGCCUAUAAUGCAAAUAAGCUUUUGUUUAAUUAAAAGCCUACCUUUGGAGACUGUGUUUUUCCACUCACUGAGGUGAAGCGAAGAAGUCAUUCAGCAAAUACUCUGGU